AUGUACGAACUGCUGAAACUGAGGUACUCCAGUCGACUGUGGGUGGUGCAGGAGCUGGUUCUCUUCCUGAGAGUGGUCAUGCGCAUUGCGGACAUUGACUUCCAGUCUGACGGCGAGACGAGUGGCAGCCUGUGGGCGCCAAAGUUCGCUAAUAGCAACUUUCUGUUCGACGACGCGAUGAGAGGCACGAAGACAAAGCUUGCCGACGCUCAAGAUCACGCCAAUGUUCGAGAAUCUGACGAAACUCAAAACUAUGACGCCCACCUGGUCGCCGAGCUUACAUGCGUCUGGGCAUGUCAGUCGCCGGUGCCGAUGGACCUCACAUUCUCUACCGCUUGCGCCGACCCAAGCGACCGCCUCUUCGGCAUCAUGAGCAUUGCCGCGAACGAGCAGAUGGCGCCGGACCACACAGUCUCUGUUCAGCAUGGAUCUCCUUGCGCACGGCUCUGGAGAUUCUGGACCGUCCUCAAUCCCCUCCUGGGUCCCGGAUUGGAAUACAUGGGGGAAAUGGCGGCCCGUUCUCACGGCCGACGUCAGCCCGCCAACGAGGAAAUCAGUGGAGAUAAUCGAAAAAACCAUCUCUCUCAUCCCAGGAUGGGAAAAUGGUAUGGAAGAUGGCUCGAAGAAGAACUGGCCGCGCCGGUGCUUCCGAAGAACGGCAUUGGUGAACCCUCUGUUCCGGAGUAUGACGACUUCAGCGUCGAUGCCGGAACAGGCGCCCUCGGGGCCCAAGAUGGCUCAUAUCUCACGCUGGACUCCACGCCAAAGCUUAUAGAGAAACGUGUUGCGGAUUUCUGGAUGGGCUAAAAUGGCCAUUUCUUUUUCGCGAAAUUGCGACGCGGCAUUCCAGCUUGAUUAAUUUCAGGGGAGGGCGGGAUGCACAACACUGAACUCAUGGAACCGAUCCGUGAUGUUCGAAGUUCGGCGCGUAACAGUGUCGAACAGGACGUUGUCCUGGGACUGGUCAAUAUAUCACAAGAACUAUCGUCCCGGUCCGAGCCUGCAGCCGUCUUUCCUCUGUUCUGUGAUGAUACGGUAACGGGUGAUGUCGAGUUUUGCUAAGUGCCUUUCGAACUCUCAGCGCAUAGUAAAUAUCAGCCUUUUGGCUUCCCCUGAAGAUCGGUUAAGAUGCUGUCAGUGUGGUCGGGUUAAGAAGGAGAACUAGUCCUAAACUAGACAGUUAGGACUAGAAUGUUGGUGGCGUAGCGAAUGACAAGC